UCUCCUGAUACAAUUUCAUACAAUAUUCUUAUAAACUCUUUCAUACACGAAGGAGAUGAUUUGAUGGUGAAACAGUUGUUAAGGGAUAUGCAUAAUCAGGGAAUGCAGCCGGAUUUGGUUACAUAUGGGUCCUUUAUCUAUAGCCUUUGUAAAGAAGGGAAGGUAUCAGUUGCCCUCCACCUGCGGGACCAGAUGGUAGAGGCUGGGGUUAAGCCAAGUAUCGUCAUAUACAAUACCUUAUUGAAUGCCAUGUUUCAAAAUGGCAAAUUGUGAGAGAUUUUCUUGCUAUUGAAAGAGAUGGCAGUAAACGGACCUGAGCCAGAUAUGGUAUCUGCUGAUAUUCUAAAUCGAGCUAUUUCUAAAGGCUGGAUAAAGAGAUUUCCCAAGGCCAUGAAAGCUAUUGAACUUGUGAUUGGCAACAAAUCAGCAGAGAAACUUAUGUUGCUACAAUAACAGGCUGAAAGACUAGAAAACUGAUCUUUUGUGAAGUCGCUCUUUUUAUUGCUGGUGGAUUCAAGGUCAACCAGGUUGGAUUGGUCUUCAUAAAGUUUCCCUAGAAGAUGUUCACAUGAAAAACAGACCAAAUAUUCAUGAAGAUACGAUUAACUCAGCUGGUUCCACCAGUUACAAAUUAAAUAUUGCGUUUUUUGUUCGAUAAAUCAGGCUGUCCACCAGCUAAGAAGUUGGCUAACCGUAAGACAUAGAUGUCCCAGGUUUAUGGUGAACUGUGGAGUGCUGGAUUUUUAUGGAGAUAUAGAUGCUGGCCAUGCAAAACCGCUGGCUGCUGUAAAAAGCUGAUGGAAAAAAUGGUGUAAUCACCAAAUGUAGCUCACCAGUGUUCCAGUUUAUUCUUGAGACAAGCGGAACCACACUUUGGUUUUGCAUUCGCUGAAGACAUAGCUUGCCACAAGGUCAGGAAUGGGCUCAGCUCUUUGUUUGCACACUAAAGCAUGCUCCUCAACAAUGGAAAAGACCUUACGUGUGUGGACUUCCGUUAUCAUCUGAAGAAUGCGCAAUUUGAGGUGAAGGUUGCAGACGUGACUCAUAUGUUCAAGUUUGAGGCCAUAAAUGGUGAAGAUAUGUUUAAGAAAGAACCAGCAAUAGAUGGGCGGCACAGUUUAUCUUUACAGGUUUCCUCUAUAGCAGGCUCUAUCAUAGUAGAGCUGGACUGAAGGCAAUUAUCAAAGGGCUUGACACUGCAGUGGCAAAUGGUUGGGAUGAGGUGACAGUGAAAGAAAGUCAAGAAACUCUUCGUUCUAUGCAUUGCAUAAGGAUCAUGUUGGGUCCUUGGGCGAUAUCUUUAUCUCAUCAAGAAGUCUAGCAUGGUGCAGUUUACAAACUUGCUUUUGGACCAAAGUCAUUUGUUGUUGUAUCAGACCCCAUUGUUGCAAGACAUAUUUUACGUGAAAAUGCAUUUUCAUAUGACAAGGGAGUCCUUGCUGACAUCCUAGAACCAAUAAUGGGGAAAGGGCUUAUACCUGCUGAUCUUGACACUUGGAAGCAGAGGAGAAGAGGUGUAUAACCUUCAUAUAUCUCCCUUUUUUUGGGACCAACCCCAUGACUUUGAACCAGAGAGGUUCUUAAAAGUGAAGGAAUUGAAGGAUGGGCAGGUUUUGAUCCAGGCCGGAGCCCGGGAGCAAUGUACCCUAACAAGAUCAUAUAAGAUUUUGCUUUCUUACCUUUUGGAGGGGGACCACGUAAAUGCGUCGGAGACCAAUUUGCACUCUUGGAAUCAACUGUGGCUUUGGCACAAUUGUUACAGAAAUUUGAUGUGGAGCUGAAAGGAUCUCCCGAAUCGGUAGAACUCGUUACAGGUGCAACAAUUCAUACUAAGAGUGGUCUGUGGUGCAGAUUGAGAAAGAGACGUCAUUGAUUGAAAUGUAGGAGUGUUGCAAUCAUAUUAUUGCCACUAAUUGUUGUAAUCCUCAUUUACUGGUUACAGACCAGCACACGUAAUCAAAAGUUGUUUACCUCUCUUCCUCCUACAGGCUAUAACUGCCAGAGCCUGUUGUUCUGGAAGUUUCUUAAUUCUUUCCUUUGGCAGCCAAUAUAGGAUAUCUCCCCUAAGGGCUAAGGUGGGAUUCUGCAUGGAAAAGGAAAAAAAGAAAAAAGAAAAAUUGGGAUUCCUUCCUUGUAUAAGCAUAUGAUCCUUGUACUUUUGCUCCAUCUGUAUUCCAUUACCUUAGACAAAGGAAUCAUGACCCGUCACCCUUUAAAUUUCAAAAGCUGCGACCUGAGAAGUGAGAAUCACUCUAAAAAAGACCUAAUGAGACUAAAAUUGCAAGAUUUGCAUUAUUUUAUGAAUUAAAAUUUUCUAGUCUAAAUGCAUAUCUAAGCUAACAUCUUGUCUUAGCCAUUCAAUGAUUCAGGCUUCUGAUAUACAAGUGAGUAUCAAACUUUAUUUUCCUGUUGCCCCCACCUGCCUGUUAAAAUGGAUGCAUACGUAAAGGUUUCUCAACUUGAAGAACCAUAAAAGAAAAGAUUGUUGCUUCAACAAUUUCAGUUACAUACAUGUAAUGCCCAUUGUUUAAGGAAGAAGGAGAAGAAGAAAAAUGGGAGGAGCAGGGUGUGUGGAUGGAAAACUGGCAACAACAUAUUGUAUGCUGCACCUGUUCCUUUGAUUGGCCUCUACAUCGCAGUUGCAACAUUGGUAUGUUUCUUCAGCAUGUCUUUUGAUUUGGUGUAUGGAUUAUUCAUUCGAAAACAUCCAUAUAUACCAUGUAAAUUGUUCUCUAUGAGCACACUCACCAUUACGGUGCUAGCAGUAGCCACAAAAAUACCACUUGAUCUUACCACAUCCAUGCCUAGAGCUGAGGAUCAGUUCUCCAAGCUCACUGGCACUGCAUUGUUGUGCACUUCACUUGGGUUUCUUAUGCCCUCCCUGGGGAAAAUGGGCACAUCUUAGCGCUACAGCAACUUGGCAGCAUUGAGGGUGGUGGUGAUUACUAUGGUUGUUAAUGUGUGUGUACAAAUGGGCACAGGUGUGAUCUUUGCCUUCACAAUAGAACACAUCAUCAUAAUAAUCUGCAUCUUGGUGUUGCUUUUGUUGCUGUGGUCAUCUGCCCUAGGGUUUAGAGGACAAAUAGAGUGCUCUAGACCUUAUAUAGGGUGUCUGAUGUCUCAUGCUAUAGAUGAUGCAAAGGGUCAGCAAGGAUUAAGGAAACUAUUAGUGAACCUCCAUAUAAUCAACUAUUCAGGAAACCCUCAAAUAUGGACAUCUGAAACUUCACAUCAUCACAAUUUUGUGUUAUUAUGUACCCUUUCUUCAGUAGUUGUUUUACAAGCCAUGGUAAGGUCAUUUGCCUUUAAAAAAGUGAGUUUAUCAUGCAGUUGUGUUUCUGACUACAAAUGGUCAAUUUUGGUGGUGAUUGUGGCUCAACUUCUAACAAUUGUAGUGGGGACUAUUUGCAUCAUCCGAAGAUGGUUUUCAUUAGUCCGUCACAGUAAAAUGAAAGAACAGGUCUGGGCACACAAAAAUGAUUAUCAUCCAGAACGAGAAUUAGAAUAUCUGAAGUUGAUGAAGACCUUAUCUUUUAGGUUCCCCAACAAAAAACUCCAUAAUGUCCUUUUUGUUGCCAGGGACUUCAUUAUAGAUGUGCUUAUACACACCCAAAUUGUAUUGUAUACAUGUAGCAGCAUCAUUGGGAUCCCAAUAUUCACUGUUAUGAAAGUCUUUUUUCACAUCUUCCAUCAGUGCAUAGAGGGUAUUGAAGAAAUGCCUUGUUUGGUGACAAAUAUAGGGGGAAACCAAGCAUUAUCAUCGCUUUGGAAUGCUAGCCCAUACAAUAAUUGGAUAAUGAAAAUGGCCAUAAAAGAUGUAAUAAGAUGGACAAAUACAUAUAAGAGGGACCAUCCAACUCUAUCUCAUCCAACUAAUGACUAAAUGGCAGCAUGCUUCUAAAGAAUGUGCCCUCUUUAGAAGAAAGUUAGAAGCUACAGGGGAACAUUAUUUAAAUCGUCAAAAUCUCAGCUAUCAGUAUAGAGUUUCGUGUGUAUCAGUCUUGGUUCUUUCAGGAAUUACAGAAUUGAUGCCAUCUCCCCGUAGAGAAUCACUAAUGAACAGCUUAGAAGAGUCAUUUGAAAUUAUCUAUUAUGUCUACCAGAAGAUUAUUGAUAAUCCAAGCAUGGAUGAUGAAACAAGAUGGACGUCAGUAAAAUCCUUGUGGGCACAAGGGGACAAUCCCAACAACUGGUUCCGUUCUAAGUUUCUCUCUCCUAAAUUCAAGGGCUGCUCUUCAUUGAAGAAUUUUGAGGAAUCCGAUUUGGAGCAACAGAAUGCAUGUUGGGUUCUUCUUAGGGAUGCUCUCAACGCCAUAGGAGAGAAGUAUCGUCGAGAUGGUUGGAGGUAUGUUGUUGAUAUAGAAGAUGGUGGUUCGUUGGCUAAAAUGCACAAGGGUUUGAUUGUAACUGAAUUUUUAAUCAUUUGUAAAUUCAUACGAGAGCAAGAGCAGGAGUAUAAAUCGGAUAAGGAUCUCUUUGAUUCUUUGGAGAAGUGUCUUAUAAAGAUGCUCUGUGUUAUCUUAUCCGACCUCCCAAUGGCCAUACUAAAGGAGAUCAAGGGAGAUUAUCCAUCUGAAAUAGGUGAAGAAAGAGUGAGAAAAGCCUAGAAGUUCCUUUGUAAACUUUGUUGUUAGGGGAAACAAAAAUCGAAUGGACAUGGCCAGCUGAAUUUGAUCCGAAGAGUGAUACUUCCCUUGCUGCUAGAAGCACUGGUACUGUAGUUGCUCCUAGCUGUGGUUCAGAAAUUGUGGCUACUAUGGUUGCUCCUGACUUUCAUGCUUCCGUUGUUGCUGCUGAUGCUGCAAUUAGAGAAAUUGGAUCUGAUGAGAUUGUUUGAAUAACAAUGUUUUUAGUGCUUCUUCUCCAUGCUCAAGUUCUUGAUUCAUAGGCAUGCCAUUUCCUGAAUACUAACUACCAUUGUAUUUUAUGAUUUUUAGCAUUAAUUAUUUGGUUCAUUGAGAUAAACUUUUCUGCUUAGUUGUAAUCAAUUUUUUGCUGUA